AUGGGGCUGUCGUCCCACGGCGCAGCGCCGCGCAGAGACAGCCAUAGCGAUACGAAAAGCGAGCAAGAUGUACUUGAUUGUGCUUCAGAGCAUGGCUUCACUGCGCAGGACUUGAUUGAUCGGCAGGCACGCUUGGAAGCACAAGCAAGCGAAGCGCUGCCGUUUUCUUUUGAUACUUGCACCCACAGUCUUGGCGCCAUUCGCCAGUCCGUAUUUGCAUGCAGGACGUGCGGUGGUGGCGGGGUGUGCUAUGCAUGCAGUAUUGUGUGCCAUGGCGACCACGAUCUAAUCGAGCUAUUUCAUAAGCGCAAUUUUCGGUGCGACUGCGGUACGCCGUCCUUGUACCGCAAAAAGCUCGAGCACGAUACGAGCGAGCAUGCACGGGUAACGGGAUUUCCAGCAUGUGCUGUGCCAUGUGCCUUGCGCCGCACGGAGCGGAAUAAAGGCUGGGACUGCGAGAAUGAGAAUCGGUACUCGCAGAAUUUCGACGGCCGUUUUUGUGUGUGUGCGCGCGGAAAAGAGUACGACCCCGAUACGGAAGAAGAGACCAUGAUCCAGUGCCUUGUGUGUGAGGAAUGGUACCACGAGUCAUGCGUAUCUGCGGGAAAACUUCUCUCGACAAGCGCGUUGGAAAGCGUGCUUUGCGACGCGUGCAUCACUUCCAACGACGCCGAGCUAUUACGUUUGUAUGCAGGCACACGAAACUGGCUUUAUGUAGCGCGUGGCGCGCCCAAUCCCCCGGAAUGGGACAGCUGCCCAGCCGAGCCUCUCGAUGGCGGCGCCUACUCGCUGUACGGCGCUCUCCCUCCUCAUCCCGCCAAGCGUGCACGCACAGAAACGCAAUGCACGCUGCCAAAGCGCUCGCUCCUUGCUGUACACGCAAACGAGCGCGCAGACGUGUACCUGGUAGACGGUUUUCGCGACCGCAUAUGCCGGUGCGCCGACUGCCUCUCGCGCUGGCACGCAUACCCCUUUGUGCUGGACGAAGAGCCCACCUACGACCCGCCCAACGACGAGGAGACUGCAUCCAGUGCAUCCCAAGCCUCGACGUAUGACCGCGCCGUCGCAGCUCUUGGCCAGCUCCCGCGGCAGCAGAUGCUAGAGUCGUUGCGAGCGUAUGAAAACCUACGGAAUGCGCUCUACGAGCACCUGCGCCCGUUUGCCGAGCGCCAGGAGCUGGUGAGCGAAGAAGCCGUGCGCGCCUUUUUCCAGGCACAGACCCGCCCCAACUAG